CGCGUCGGUGGCGCUAUUUUUAGUGUGAUAUGGUUUUGUGGUGCUUCGCAAGUAUAGUUCAGGUUUCAUGAUUUCAUCAGUGUUGUGGCCUUAUCUGGAUAUCAAUUAGCUUCAGAAUUAGCGGGCGGCGUGAGUCAGCCCCGGCGGCCGCCGUCGCCACCGGGAGAGAGCGCCGCCGUCCGGGCGGCCGGCCAGUGCUGUGCCGGUCGCCGCCAGCAGCGGACGCGCGAGACCCGCGCGCCAUGGACGAGCGGCGACAGAGUGGCGGCGGCGAGGGCCGCUGCGUGCUGCCCGAGGGCGGCGCGCGGCCCGCCAUCGUAUACCCGGAGAGUGAGGAGGGCCGCGGCCGCACGCCCGGCGCCUCGUGCCAGGCGCUGCGGCUGGCCGUGGCUGGGCUCAGUCGGCUCGACGACUUCACCAUGGAGGCGAUCGGCCGCGGCUUCUUCUCAGAGGUGUACCGGGUCGUGCAUAAAACUACGGGUCAAGUGAUGGUACUUAAGAUGAAUCUUCGGUCAUCGAACCGAUCGAACAUGCUCAAGGAGGUGCAGCUGAUGAACAAGCUCAGCCACCCAAACAUCCUCAGGUUUAUGGGCGUGUGCGUGCACGAGGGACAGCUGCACGCGCUGACCGAGUACAUCAACGGCGGCAGCUUGGAGCAGCUGGUGCAGUCGCCGGAGUCGCUGGGCUGGCGCUGCCGCACGGCGCUGGCGCUAGACAUGGCGCAGGCGCUGCACUACCUGCACAGUCGUCAGGUCUUCCACCGCGACCUCACCAGCAAGAACGUGCUGGUGCGGCGCAUCGAGGACGGCUCGAUGACGGCCGUCGUCGGCGACUUCGGGCUGGCAGCCCGCAUCCCCGACCCGCUACUGCCGAGCCGCCUGAGCACGGUCGGCUCCUUCUGGUGGAUGGCGCCCGAGUGCAUCACCAACCGGCCGUACAACCAGCGGGCGGACGUGUUCAGCUUCGGCGUCAUCCUGCUGGAGAUGAUCGGUCGCCUGUCGGCCGACCCGGACGUCCUGCUGCGCACGCCGUCCUUCGGCGUCGACUACCUGGCCUUCGCCGGCCUCUGCCCGGCGGACUGCCUGCUCGAACUGCUGCUGAUCGCCUUCACCUGCUGCCUGCACGCGGCCAGCAGCCGGCCGUCGUUCGGCGAGCUCGUGCACCGCCUGGAGACCCUGCUGGCGGCGCUGCGCGCGCAGGCGACCGGCGCCGCGCCGCCCGUCCUGCCCACCAACGACCGGCAGCUGUACCGGCGCUCGCUCUCUGACGACGCCCUGGCGCAGCUGAUCCUGGCCGAGACGUGCUCGCCGAGCGACAAGGCGCGCGUGCACCGGCGGCCGUGGCGGCGGCGCGAGCUGCGGCCGCGGCCGCUGCUGCGCGCGCCGCGCGACGUGGCGCAGUUCAUGGCGGCGCGCGACCCGGCCUACCGGCCCGGCGACACGGCCAACCCGUUCAACAGCCUGCAGCGGUACCGGCACGGCCGCAAGGUGCUGGAGUACCGGAGCGAGCUGUUCAGCUCGUGCCUGGAGCUUCCGUGGCCGGCGGGCGCCGCCGCCUCACCGCUGCCGGACGCGCCGCGCCCGGCGCUGCGCCGCCUCGGCUCCUGCGAGUCGGGCUUCUUCAGCGUGGGCGAGGCGGAGCGCGCCUCGGCCUCAGACCUGUCGCCGGCGUCGCUGCUCUCCGAGUACAGCCAGGAGGAGCUGGCGCGCGGCCUGCCGGCGCUCGCCAAGCGCUCGUCGUCCGUGUACACCGACUCGUCGGACGACGUCAGCAGCGUGGGCUGCGAUGGCGAGGAGCGCGACCGGCGCCGGCCCGACCACUACGAGAAGGACAUCCGCCAGAUCGUCGAGUACUUCGAGCGCAGCGGCGGCGGCGGCUGUUUGACCGGCGGUCGGACGGUGGCGGCGGGCGCGCGCUGCCGCCCCAAGCCGCGCGUGCCCAUCUCCGAGGGCACCGUGCGUGACAAGCUGACGGUGUUUGAGAGGAAGAGCUGA